AUGUCACAUCCAGGGACGAUGGUUUCCGGUGAUUCGCAGAACACCGCAGAAUUUUCCUUAAAUGCAUCUAACUGCAACAUUUGUCAAAUUAUAAUAGAAAUCACAAAAUCACAACAAAGUGUUUCGUAUUCUAUAGUUGAGCUAAAUGGGGAUUAUCGAUCUGUUAAGUUAUGCGUAGGUGAAGCAGUUGAAACAACUUUGUCCAUUGAUGGACAAUCUGCGUUUGGAAUUAUCAAAGGUAUAAUUGAACAUAUAUGGAACGAUCAAGUUUAUGUAUUAAUUUAUUUGGACUGGUUGGAAGAUCUUGAAAAAUGUGAUAGUUUAUUGGGCUGUCCUAUAAAUCGUCUCCAAUAA